ACAAACACUUAUAUUAGUAGGCGUUAUCCUUGUUGACAUAGGUAGAUAUACUUAUAAAACGUGUUUUAAUUAUUUUAAUCAUACAUGGUUGACUACACUCAUCUAAACUAGCUUUCGAAACACCAUUUUCAUACUUGUCAGUUUCCAGUGUUUGUUGGGAUUUUUUUAAGCACUAAGUGCCUAACGAAGCAAGUUAUUUUUAUUGAAUCGUAGUUGACCGCGUGUAGUCGUCUCGUCAAAUAUGACGAUCUCUUCACUUAAUGUUACAACUGACUGAAGAGAAAGAAGAAAAUAGAUUACCAAAUUAAUUAAUCAAGGUCACCUGCAUCAUCAGCUAUUAUUUUGAUCUGUCGCUUAUUGUUAUUGAACUUUACUAUAUUUCUUUAAAGUUUUCGUCUGUAUUAUAUUUAGCGUACGAUAAUUCUUAUUUGGAUUAAUCCUCAUAGAUUGAAUUUAGAUCACUAAACCUUUUCCAAUGCCUCACACUAGCCAAGGAAAACCUGUUUCUAGGCGCUGUUUUUCGAGGGUAAAUGGUACUUCCAUGAGAACUACACUGGAUUUCAACAGUAGUGGCAGUGCUGAAGAUAUGAUGGAAGAUGAAGAUGAGGAAGAUUCCUUACCAACCAAGCAUGACAAACGACACGAAGAUCCCAAUAACCGUUCUUUCCUUCGAAUAUCUCUAGAUCUAUAUAAUGACUCUGCUAUUGUUGCUGACCUCCUCGAAGAAGAUGAUGAUGUUAUGGCCACAAAUUUACCAUCAAGCCAAACACCCAACAGAAAGAUAUUCAACACUAGCCACAACAGUCCCUUCCGCUGGAGACGUGCAGUUACUACAGGCGGACGUAUAACAAGAUCUAAGAUUGAACCAGUUGGUGCAAUUCCUUUUAAUCCCGAAAUGGAGAUAUCUGCUAUUGUCGAUUUCAACAGUAGUCAAGAAAAUGCUUUACAUACUCCCCAACUUGAUACCAGUGGCUGUGAUACACCAUCAAGGCAAAUGUCUCCCUUAAAUCAUAAGUUGACUCCUACAACUCAAUCACCCCCAGAAGUGUUGUGCGUAUCUCCUCCGCAUCGAAAGUUUCGGGCACUACGAUUGUUCGACACUCCUCACACUCCACAGACUCUGUUAUUAAAUGUGAGGAAGAAGGACAAGUAUACUGGUGAUCGAACCAAGGUUAAAUGUCUGCGGAAAAAAAAAAUUGAAAGGCUCGAGGCCAAUGUUAAUCCAUUUGCAACAUCCAUAACGUGUCGAGCAUCUGGCGAGAAGCGAACUCGAUCUCAAAGUGACAAAUAUUGUGACAUUUUGAAUGUUGUGGAAGAAAUUGACUGUCCUCAACCAAAGAAAUUGGCUUUGCGUGAAAUUAGUACUUCAAGAUAUAAAGAAGAGUUUUUUGAAGUUUGUAAACUCGGUGAUGGCGAAUUUGGUAGUGCCUACAAAUGUGUUAAUAGGCUUGAUGGUUGUAUAUAUGCAAUUAAAAAGUCCAAGAUGCCAGUUGCUGGCAGUCAAUACGAACGUGUUGCUUUGAAUGAAGUUUAUGCACAUGCAGUGUUAGGACAGCAUCGCCAUGUUGUCCGCUAUUAUUCAGCUUGGGCAGAAGAUGACCAUAUGUAUAUACAAAAUGAAUUUUGCAAUGGUGGCAAUUUAGCAGAAGCUGUUCAGAAACCAGCAUCAGAAAGAAAUUUAAAGCACAUCAUAUUUCAAAUUGCUAAUGGACUUAAAUACAUACAUUCUAAAGGUUUAAUCCACCUCGACAUAAAACCAGGCAAUAUUUUUGUCCACAAAGAAGAAACAGUUGAAAGUGGGACAGAAUCAUGUAGCGAAGAUGAUCCAGAUUUCUCUCCUCAAAUCACCUAUAAAAUAGGAGAUUUAGGGCAUGUUACGAAAGUUUCAAAUCCUAGAGUCGAAGAAGGGGACUGUCAUUAUCUCCCAAAAGAAAUUUUAGCUGAAGAUUUUAGGAAUUUAUACAAGGCUGAUAUCUUCUCAUUAGGACUUACUGCUUAUGAAAUGGGUGGUGGUGGUCCUUUACCAAAGAAUGGUGAUCUUUGGCACAGUAUUCGAGAAGAUGGUUUGCCAUAUUUAUCACAUUACUCUGCUGAAUUUAAUAAGCUGUUAAAUACCAUGGUUCAUGUAAAUGCAGAAUAUCGUCCAACUGCAUUUGCUCUCACCAAAAGCCAAGUUUUGUGUCCACAAGCGAUGAAAACUAAAACUCAACUUUGCAAAGAAUUAAAUGAAGAAAAACUUCGGAACCGGUUACUCUCAAAGCAACUAGAAUCCAAAAAGUGCUGCUGUAAAAUUCCAACUGAUAACUGUUUAGGACAGAAGUGUAAAUCUUCAAGAUUAAUAGGCCAUGGCAUUAAACGGAGUUACAGUUUGUCGGAUAUCUAAACAGAAGCUUAAUGAACCUUAAUAAACACUUUUUGUUUUCCUCUCAAAUUAUUUAGUAAUAUUUGGCUUGUAAAUAAUUUGUUAUCGUAAACCAUGUCCUUGUGUGAUAAAUAUUGGAUUUCAUAAUCCUAAGAACUUUUGUUUUAAUUGUCAGUAUGUAUUCUUUUAAUAUUUUGGAUAUCUGACAAUCUGAUUGAAUGAAUGCAUCUGCAGUUACCUCAUUUGAGAAAUAUUGCAGACAAACUAAUUUUCAAAUUAUGAAUAUGUGAUGCUUAAAAAAUUCUGUAAAUUAAUUUUUAUUUUGCAUUUAGUGUGAUUAUUCUACUCUUAUUUAAACCAAACCACUUUUUGUUCUGUGGUGUCUGUAAACUUCCAUUGUGUUGUCUGAAAGUUGAGAUUCAAGAUAAGAAAUAAGUUAGGAUUUCCAUAUACUUUUGUAGAAUUUAAUUUGGAUGACUGAAGCAUAUAAAAAUAAUUAUAUUUCUCACUAAGUUUUGUCAUGAUUGAUUUUACAAAUUAUACAAUAUACUAUAGGGAAGUACACCUUCCUUUCUCUUACAUUUCACUGAAACUUUCAAGCAAAUGUAAUAAACCUUCUAAGGUUUAUAUGCUGAAAACCAGUUGUCAUCCUUAAAUAGCACCACAUACAGAAAUUACACUAUUUUUAAAUUAGGUUUUUAAAGAUUUGAAAAAUAAUGUAUGCUGCUUUUUCUUAAGUAAACUCUAACUUAAAGUAGUCCAAGAAUCAAAAAAUUAUUGUUAUAUCUGUAUAUUAGAUAUGCAGUAGUAACUUGAAUAACUGGUAAAAGUGCUCAGAAUAUUUGUACAUAUGUCAAAAGAGCUUUUUCUAGUUUAUUUUAUUUCCACCCCCACCCCCCUCAGAUUUGUACAUAUGGACUUCUGCAACAGAUUUUAAGUUUUUUUUUGUUUUAUGUUUUUUUUUUGUAGUUUUUUUGCUUUAGUACUGUAUAUGUAUGUGUGUACACACAUUCACUUACCUCUCUGUAACAAAUUAAAAUGUGUACAGGCAAACUGACUUGCCUAAAAAAUGCAAGUUUUUCAGAAUCACUUGCUGGCUGUCUCUAUUAAAUUGGUAGUUAAGUUUCAAGACACAUUAAGCUAACUGAAUAUUCGACUUCCAUUUUAAAUAUUUUUAAUAUGCAAAAUAUCAAAUUAUAAAUACGUACACUUUUAUUUUCUUGCCACAUACGACAAUCUUGUCAUGCUCCCAGAGCUAAAUUUGUAUUCUGUUUUCUCUCUCUCACCCUAAUAUUUCUAUUUUUAUAAUAAAAUCAUAAUGUAGCCCAAAAUAUUUUGAUUCUGAAAAAAAAAAAAAAAGACAAGCGGCUAUAUCUGUAAAUAAAAUACUUGUUCUGAGAAAUUGUA